CGAUUGUGUUAUUGUUCAGUCUCGACAUCAAGAGACUACCGCAGCGAUGGCUUCCCAGGCAACGGCGACCGACAAGGCGAGCAAGAAAGCUCGAUUCGAGCAAGUUUUCACGGACAGAUUGGUCCAGGAGCUUGUAGAGCAUGUCAGAGUGGACCAUGAGAUGCCGGAGGAAGCCACAAAGUGGUACGAGAGGAGUUUACUUUACAACACGGUAGGAGGCAAGGCAAAUCGUGGAAUGUCAGUGGUGGACACUGUCGAGAUCUUGAAGGGGGAAAAGUUGUCAGAGGAAGAAUACUUUGAGGCGAGUACGCUCGGAUGGUGUGUCGAGCUGUUGCAGGCGGACUUUUUGGUCGCGGACGACAUGAUGGAUUACAGCAUUACCAGACGAGAUAACCCAUGUUGGUAUCGUGUCGAAGGCGUAGGAAACAUUGCCAUCAACGAUGCGUUCAUGCUCGAAGCUGCUAUUUACUUUUUGUUGAAGAAGCAUUUCCGAUCUAGAGCAUACUACAUUGACUUGGUCGAACUAUUCUUGGAGUCAGCCUCGCAGACUAUGAGCGGGCAGCUCUUGGAUCUCUUGACCGCUCCGGAGGACUCGGUGGACCUGAACCGGUUUUCUAUGCAAAAAUAUGACCGAAUUGUCGUUUACAAGACUGCGUACUAUUCUUUCUACCUCCCAGUCGCCCUCGCUAUGCGAAUGAGCGGAAUCACCAACGAGCAAGCUUACAAGGUCGCCCUUGAUAUUCUGAUCGAGAUGGGUCACUAUUUCCAGAUUCAGGACGAUUAUCUGGAUUGCUUUGGUACACCGGAACAAAUUGGAAAGAUUGGAUGUGAUAUUGUUGACAACAAGUGCAGCUGGUGCGUCAACACUGCUCUCUUGCACGCCACUCCGGAUCAGCGCAAGAUCCUAGAUGAGAACUACGGCGUGAAGGAUUCUGCAAAGGAGAAACGAGUCAAAGAACUCUACGUGCAAGAGCCCAUCUCUCUACCUCAGCGAUUCGAAAAAUUCGAGACGGAGAGUUACCAAAAGCUGUCAAGCAUGAUUGAUCAAGUAGAUGAGCAAGGCACAGGGAUGAAGAAAGAGGUCUUCCAUGCCUUCUUGGCGAAAGUCUACAAGCGCAGCAAGUAGAUGGAUAGGGAACGAGGGAGACGACAGGCCAUCUCAUGGGCUCUUCCCCACCGGUCUUCACAUAUGCAUAGAAACA